CAGGAGAGCUUCUUACAAAUUAUUGUAAAAUGUUUUCCAAUUGCAACGUUCAUCCUUUUCGCGGCAUUUUGUGCAAGUAAACCAAAAGAAGUUAGAAGAAGCCCAGCGAGAAAACUGACAAUGUCAACUUCUACUUUGGAAUCUGAAAAGGAGGAAUUGAACAGUGUUGAGAUGGUUUUGGCGGAAGAGAUCAAGAAGGAGGAAAAGGAACCUGAAAAACCAUUGAUUAAUGAGACAAUGUCAGAAGAUAGAAGUGUUGCAUGUGGAAAUAAAAGUGAUUCAAAGGAACUAAAAGAAAUGGCAUCUCCAGAUAAGGAAAAGAAAAAAGAAGACUCGAAAGCAGAGCAAGAAUUCGUCCUCGAUGAAACCAAUCCACAUUUUGCUUUUCUUCUUGCUGGAGAAAACAGAGAUCCUGCUCAAUCAGUUCUUCACGCAAAAAAUGCAUUUGAACACUCGAAUGGAUUCAUGUGGACAAUGAAGAAGAGAUUGGCUUUUGAUGAAGGUUGCUGGAAACACUUGAGCCGUAGAAUUGGAGCUAUUAGAGCAGAGGGAUUCGAAGUCAGAGUGACCACUCGUCAAGCAAGGGAGAAAAAGCAAAGUGCGGAUCGGGAGACCAAAAUUGACCUCGUGUUCAACAAGUUUGAGAGUGAACAAUGA